UACCCGGUUUGCACUUAAUCACACAGAACUGAAUCGGCUCUGAAGUAAAGGCAGUGCUCCUUAACAAGAGGCAGAAUUCUUGAUCAACUUGUGCACAUAAAACCAGAAGAGAUGAAGCUGCAUCUUUUUAUAGUUAUUCUUUUGAUUCAUUUAAUGCGGACUGUUCAAGAAGAGAAGGAGGAACUGACCAACACAGAGGAAGAUCAGCAACUAUUUGUCGACAGUUACCUCAAGAACUUCAGCAAUUUUACAUUUUCUUAUGAUAUUGAUUUUGCUCCCUGCAGCGUAAGAAUUCCUGGAUUUAACUCCCUUGGCUUGAUGAUCAUCUAUUUAAUUGUUUUUGUCGUCAGCAUGAUUGGCAAUGGUGUGGUUAUCUUUGUGGUCUGCUCUAUGAAGAAAAGAAGAGCAAGCACAGAUGUCUAUUUGAUGCACUUGGCGAUAGCUGACCUCCUCUUUUGUCUUACCCUCCCAUUUUGGGCUACUGAGUCCCAUUUUGGCUGGAUUUAUGGAAACUUCCUGUGCAAACUCCUGUCAGGACUCCAGGAGUCAUCUGUAUACGGUGGCGUCUUCCUGCUGGCAUGCAUCAGUGUGGACCGUUACUUUGCCAUUGUGAGAGCCACGCGUGUUCUGUCCUCGCAUCGUCACUUGGUGAGUGUGGUUUGCAGUGUUGUGUGGCUGGUGGCCUCAGUCCUGUCUCUACCCUUAGCGAUCAAGAGGGAGAGCAUGUAUGCGGAGGAGCUGGAUGAGAACAUUUGCUAUGAAAACCUAACUGGUGAAAGCAUGGACCAGUGGCGAGUCAGCAUGCGUGUCCUGCGGCACACGUUGGGCUUCUUCCUGCCUCUGACGGUGAUGGCCAUUUGCUACAGCUGCACGGUGGUAAAGCUGUUUCACAGCCGUAAUCACCAAAAGCAUAAGGCCAUGCGAGUGAUUCUGGCUGUGGUGUUAGCAUUUAUUUUCUGCUGGCUGCCUCAUAAUAUCACCGUCUUGACUGACACUCUCAUAAAAGGUGGAUCACUGAAACUUGAGGAGUGCGAGAAUCUCUACAGAGUGGAGCUGAUGCUGAAAGUGACCAAGGUCUUGGCCUACAUGCAUUGUGCAGUCAACCCUGUACUGUACGCCUUCAUUGGGGAGAAGUUCCGGAACCAGCUGCUUUUGGCUCUUUACAAGCAUGGCCUCAUCAGCAAGAGGAUCCAGGUGGCAUACAGGACGGAUUAUGCCAGCAGUAAUGGGAGCAUCAGGUCGAGAAACACUUCAGUGACAUUGUAAAUUUCUGCUAAUGGAAGAUUUCAAACAAUCUUCCCUGUACCUUAGGUGAUGCCCAUUUCUAUUUGUCCAUUUAAAGAGACUGUCCUAAACUCCAGAAAAGUAGCUCCAAUAACUUUGAUAACUAUAAGAUAAUAACUAUUAAAACAAUUUUAAUAUUCCACACCUCCUCCCUAAAGUCUUUCUUGAUCAAAUAAAAAAGCUCAAAUAAGAUGGAAAUAUUGCAAAUAUACAGUCAUACGGAAUUAUUUUAUUAUAAAGUUACAAUACAUUUGUUGCAAUGCUUUGGCUUGCUGUCUCAUCUCAGAUCCUGUCAAAGUC